AUGUCUAAUCUACCACCUCUGACUGGCAAUGACCAUGUAUUCGUUGUGUCAUCUUCAAGUCUCAUCGACGCUCCAAUCGAAAAGGUAUGGGACAUUCUCAUGGACUUUCCUGAAUACAAGAACUGGAACACAUUUGCACGCUCCAUGGUCUUGGUUGACUACAAUACUCGCCAACCUCUCGCAGACCAAACUCUAGAAUUGGGCAAGUACAUCGAUAUACGUGCGCACAUGAACCCAGGCGAUGUCCCAGAAGAACCAGGCUACUUGGACAAAGGCAACGCCUUCGUGUUCAUAUCGACUCUCGAACCAGAUAUUCAUCGCGUCGCCUGGACGACAUCAAUGUUCCCGAGUUGGAUUCUGCAAUCAGUACGCACGCAGGCACUUAGCGUCGACGAGGCGAGUGGGAAAACAAAAUACGAGAACCGGGAGGUGUUCAGCGGGUUCCUCUCCUACAUUGUGAAGUUUUUUGUGGGUGGAAAACUGAAUAAGGGUUUCGCUGCGGCUGCGAGCAGUCUGAAGAAACACGCUGAGAAAAAAUGA